ACUCCCACUCGGCACUCGCGACCAGCCCGCACUCAUUCACUCCAGUUCUCUGCCGACGGCCGCGGCGGACGCACGCGAUCAUUCUCCGCGCCGCUUCCGAUGUUACACUACGAUUACGACAUCGUUUCGCACAUACAACUUUUACCGUGACAGUGAAACUUAUUUCUGUGAAUAUGGGUUAAACGUCCUGCUCAGACGUGAUGAGUCCGGGCGAGCGCGCCGCCUUAGGGCGCCGCGAACCCGCUCGCCCACAAUAUGCAACUACCGCACCCGGAUUCCCGCCGCCCUACUAUCCGCCCUACGGUGUACCGCAUCCAAACGCGUGGCUGGGCGCUCCUCUCAUUUCUAUGGCAGGACGUGCUCCGCCCGCCCGACAAACACCGGUUUCCAAGUUGGCUAUGCACGCUCAAGGCGCUCCGCUGAUUAUACAAAACCGCCAGGAUCGCCGAAAAUUCAUGACCGUGCCUGAGCAACGGAUCCAUAGACCCCUUGCACACACUGAUCAUGUCGCCAGGGAAAGGUGCGAGGGAAACGAAGGAAAUAAACUUCGUAACCAACAGCACAACCCUCGCUCCACACGAAGCGGACGAAACAACAACACGGAUGCGGUCAGUGUCGCUAGCGACGAAAGUUCCGGUUCCACUAACUCUGAAACAAUGUUGCCAAGGAUAAUAAAACCAAGGAAACGCCGUAAAAAAGACCGGAAACCCAACAACAUUUUGCCACAUGAUUUGUCCCCUACUGCUUUGGAACUUGGUGAAAUCGAUCAUUGCACGGUUUCUGGAAUUUCAUCGACUCCGCGAAAUAUUUAUGAUGAAUCUUACUGCCGUGACUUAUCGAUGUCGUACAGAGCGGAUGUAAAAGUUUUGGAAUACCCAGAACCGGUGCCGGAGACUUAUCGUGUGUCAGUGCUCGGAGAAGCGUUAGAAGCUAGCCGCUUUGGUCUGGCGGAGGCCGCUUCGCCUGCGGAGUCUGCCGUUACGUCGUGUCAAUGUCGGUACUGCGAUCCUGUGGGACAAAUAUGGGACGCGGAUUCAAUUGCAGAUCUGCUGAAUGAAAACUCCAGUGGCGAUUUUGCUCCUACGAAAUUAGAAGAUUCUAUGAAGGUGGUAGGCUCUCUUGGUAGGCGAGGCCCUGACACAACUCUAAGACGCAGCUGGAGCGACCCGUCUUCACGAAUUCCCGAACAACGAGCAGUAAAUAACAGUGACACAUCUUCAGCUCCAAAUCUCUACUCGCUUUUUCCCCCCACAAAUAGGGCUUGCUCUCCUGAGCCACGCUCUCCGCUAGCUUUGGAAAUUACUUCAGAGAUUGUGACUUCAAUGAACGGUCAUCGCGAUCUAGAGAUCAAACUGUUUUCGACCUCGCCACCGGCCAAAAACCUUGAUCAGCGUUCGUUUUUCGCUGAUAAAUGUGAAAGUGCCGUUAACAAAUGUACGAUAUCGGACCACGGUCCAAAAGUAAAAAGUGCGGUGAUAUGUGAAAAGGAGGAAUUAAGUGUGGACGUUAGUGGAAAAAGUGAAGGUGCAACUGAAUCGGCGUGUUCUCCCCUUGGACCUGCACCGGAUGAGCGCAAUAUUUGUGAUUUGCCUUAGUUACUAUCUAAGGCUUGUGAUCGUGCUUGAUAUGUUUGUGUAGAUGUACGUGUCGUCAAUCGGUCCAGAGAACUCUACGCUCGCCAUUUGAGCUGGACUCAAGUCGCCAUGCCGCGAGGCAUGCACGGAGCGUGAUAUCGCGACCCAUAAUGAGAUCUCCGAAUCGGUUUCCUGUAGAUUUUAUAAUAAUUUAUUUUUAACAAUAGCAUAGGAAACUGACGUGGGGCUUUAUCUGGAAACAUGUUUGUUGUUUAAUGAUUUGCCGCUUGUCAAUGCCGCGGACGGAUGCGCAGGAGUAACUUGCAUCGUGCAAUUAGCGUUUCACACUACUGACACGAUUCUCGCGGCUGCGGCGGCGCGCUCUUAUUGCGGUUUCCCGCCGUUUUCUCCGCGCGCGUCGUUCCGGGUGGCGCCUCGCACUCACACCACCGGUUCAUACCUCUAAUGAUCAUUUCACUCCAACUUAUAUCGCAUAUAUGUAUCUCAAAUUAUAAACAAAAAAGGUUCCCAUAUUGUCAUUACUUCAUUAGUCCCAUUACAACUAAAACUUUAUUUAGACAUAAUAAUAAUAAUUAAUAAUAAUUCAGCCUAUAUACGUCCCACUGCUGGGCACAGGCCUCCUCUCAUGUGCAAGAGGGCUCGGGCUAUAGUCCCCACGCUAGCCCAAUGCGGAUUGGGGACUUCACAUACACCUUUGAAUUUCUUCGCAGAUGUGUGCAGGUUUCCUCACGAUGUUUCCCUUCACCGAAAAGCUAGUGGUAAAUAUCAAAUGACAUUUCGUACAUAAGUUCCGAAAAACUCAUUGGUACGAGCUAGGAUUUGAACCCACGACCUCCGGAUUGAAAGUCGGAUUAUUUAGACAUAACAUAAAAUUAAAAAAGACUUGUUUAUCUUGUACGUGAAACUAAAUACAUAGGGAAUAAAUGUAUUCGCCGUGGAUCUCAUAAAAAGUAGCGGGUGAAUUAUUGUCACGGUUUAGUUUAAUAUUUUUUUAUGUAAUAUUAAAUAUUGAUCAUUCAAUCUAUUUUCCUUCAUAAUGUGAAAUAUGCAUUUAAUUAUAGUUAUCAAAUCAAAUCACUAACAAAUAACAUCCAUACUGGCCAAAAGAGGCGGAAAAAUCAUUGUUUCCUAUUCGAAUAUUUCGUUAUUUUUUACGUCAUCACUUUCAACACCAGAACUCGCCGAAGCUGACCAACUCGCAUAAACGCAACAAACGUGUUUUUUUUAUUUACUGGUUAUCAAGCACUUUUACAGCAUGGGAACAUUUUAAACUCCUUAAUGUUCAUUGACAAGCGGCGAUUUUGAAAAUAUCUGUGUCCGAUUGGCUGACAGGUCAUUUUUGUUUAAAUAAGGGUCCAACGUCAUAAGUUAAACCAGAUAAAGUUCCACAAUGUAGAUAUUGUGAAUAUAACUAAGUUAUUCAUGGACUGUACACCGUCUCUAUCGUUGGGUAUUACACACCAUGGGCUGUCCGAUGUUCUCUAUUUUAUUUUUAUGUGUUGUGUUUGCUUAUGUUUCGCGGCGCGUGCGUGGGAAGACAUGAUAAAUUGUUUCUUGCUAACUUUUUAUUCUUCUGUACGACAAGCUCGGCGUACGCUAGCAGUCUUUACAUAGCUUUAUGUUUUGAAUUCUGAUUAUAACGCGUAUUUAGUAGUGAUUGUGUCCCUUGAUUUACAAAACAUAUGCGGUUGUAAUUUUAAAUAGCCAUUCAAGUUGGGCCUGCUUCAUUUUGAUUAUACUUUUUUACUAAAAGGAAGAAGGCUUUAGUUUCAACAAAGCACGUGGUUUUAGCUUCACGAAUAUUUUAUAACUCGACACAUGUAAAUUAUAAUCAGAAUUAGUAAUCUCUUGCCGAGCUUGUAGUUGUGGUGGGAUCCAAAGAGAGUCACCAGCACGGCUGUAAGACUCAACGAUACAUCGUCUUAAUGUAAACAAUAUAGGCUAUGUCUAGCUUACUGUGUGAAUGCAUUUUAUGCAUAUGUAGUUACAUAGGUAUAGUAUUUCGGUUGUGUCGGGCGAGAGGCAUGAGUUACACGCUCGCACACUAUUUUUGUACAAUAAAUACCAAGUCCAGAAAUAAUAA